CUCAAAUUCCACGAGAGAGCGUUGAAAUGUGGGAACUGCCAUGCAUAUAAUAGUCCCGACAUUAUCCAAGCACCAGGAGAUGUUAUAUCACCAACGCAAGCAGCCCAGCCCAUUAACGGUGUGUCUCUGUUCCACAGUGAUCCACCUCAGCUGAUUCGAAAUCCCCAUUACGUGCCAAUUCAUAGAAAUGACGAGCAGAGGAUAGAAACGGUGCAAUUGCAGGUGAACGCCGCUGUUUUACCGACACGAAAUUCGGAGUUGAGCCUCGAUGCUAUCGUUGAUAGAGAAGAAAGACGGGACGUGGCGAGACGUGGCAAGGAGCCUGGAGGAAACGGAGAACAACGGAGACGGAGACGAAGACGAAGACGAAGACGAAGACGAAGAAAGGAAAGAAGAAUGAUAAGGUUAUAUCAGUGCAGGCCGAGUCGAAGAUUGUUCAGCGAUGCGUCGUUCGCGAAGGAUUUCGCCAAGGAUUACGCGAAACAUCGCGUUUCCUUGUCACCGAUGCAGCGUGCGAUCUUGACAGCCGGUGCAGCCGCUAUAUCUUUAGCUAAUCCUUUCCGCGGUGAUAUGAUCGCUUGUUUGGGAGAGACGACCGGCACCGAUGCACUUUCCUAUUGUCUUCGACAAAUGCUUGCAACCGCCGAGGGACGUCGCAUCCUAGACGAAAAGCCACGCAUUUCCUCGUCGACGAUCGAUCUAUCCGCGCUAAAGCGUUUACCACCGGGGACUGUUGGCAGGACUUAUCGCGAUUUUUUGGAUGCUAACAACGUCACCCCUGAUUCUAGACCCUCGGUCAGAUUCGUGGAGGAUACAGAAUUGGCGUACGUAAUGCAACGAUACAGAGAAAUGCACGAUAUUUUUCACGCUGUACUCUUAAUGCCAACCACGAUGCUCGGGGAGGUGUCCGUCAAGUGGAUAGAAGCGUUGCAAUUGCGUUUACCGAUGUGCUUGAGCGGAGCGAUAUUCGGAGCGUACCGAUUACGUCCAAGGCAAAGGAAAUUAUACCUCGAACAUCAUCUACCAUGGGCCAUUAAAACGGGUAUUCGAGCAAAGUUCCUUCUGGGAAUUUACUACGAAGAACGUUGGGAGCAAACCCUCGUUGACUUUCAUCGAGAAACGAACAUUAUUCCCCUGGUUCCGAUCGAGCCAACGAAGUAGACUCCGUUUCCGUAUUCCCAAAGGAUAAUUACCUAGAUAGUAUAUAACAAUUUUUAUUCACCGUAACGUUGGAAAUAUGAAGAAUAUAAUUUUUACUGGGAUAUA